AUGGUGCGAAGGACGAAGGAAGCAGCACUGUCGUCGCCGGCGUCGAGAGGAGAAGGAAAAAAGGUUGAAGAUGGGCGGUCGUCGGGUCGGCGGCAGCGCAGCGAGGAGAAGGAAGAUGGUGUUGUCGCCGUCACUGUGGGGAAGAAGAGGAGAGGGCUGUCGUCGCUAUGGUCGGCACUGCGAGGAGGAAGAAGAGGAGAGGCUAUCGCCGGCGUUGCGAGGGUGGCGGCGAGAGAGAGGGAGCGGCACAGUGAGGAGAGGGAGAGGAGGAGAAGUGGGGGCCGGCGUCGGCGAGGAGCCUCGCGUGAAGGGGCUAGCGGCGAGAGAGAAAGAGAGGGAAAGGGAGGAGAGGUAGCGGCCAGUGGUGAAGAGAAGGAGAGGAGUGGAGAAGAGGCGGCCGGCGACCUCGGCUCCGGCGACGUCGACGCGAGGAGAAGGAAGAAAACCCGCUGGCGGCGGAAAACCAACCACGAAACCCCCCCCCCUGCAUGCUACAGUGCAUACCUCACUUAA